GCAGCCGCGCUGGCGGGGAGGCGAGGCGACUUGAUGGCGCGGACGCCCCAGCCCCAGCAGUAACCCCGCCGAGUUUGACGCGUUCGGAUCGGCUUUGGAUCGGGUGUCGGAUCGCGGCGUGCGGCAGCAGCCGAGAGUGCAGAGCGACAGAGCGGGAGCACAGGACCUCGGCGACGAAGGACUCCGCGACAGCAAGACUCAACACACACUCGCCACCAUGCCGGACGAGUGCGAGUGCGACUGCGAGUGCGACUUCCAGGCGCCCCAGCUGGAGGCCAUCGGCUGCGACGUGUGCAAGUCCCGCGGCGUGGAGAAGAGGCUGCGCCUGGAGCAGGAGAAGAGGCAGCAGCAGCACAGGGAGGCGCCCCAGGCCGUGCAGCCCCAGGCCGUGCAGGCCGCCGACGACGCCGACUUCCUCAACGGCACCCGGCCGCUCGUCAGGUAUCCAGAUGGCACCGUCAAGCUGCGCAACCCCCACAUCGAGCUCAUGGACCAGGACAUCCUGUACCACCUGGCGCUGGGCAGCGAGUCGCACGACCUCGUGUCCAUGUUCGGCGACGUCAAGUUCGUGGUGAUGGGCGGCACGCCGAAGCGCGUGGAGCAGUUCGCCUACUACAUCAUGCAGGAGAUCGGGCACAAGCUGCCCGCCGGCACCACCCUGCUCGACAUCAGCCAGUACUCGUACCGCUACUCCAUGUACAAAGUGGGGCCCGUGCUGUCCAUCAGCCACGGCAUGGGCAUCCCCUCGGUGGGCAUCCUGCUGCACGAGGUGAUCAAGCUGAUGUACCACGCGCGCGUCAAGGACCCCAUCUUCUUCCGCAUCGGCACGUGCGGCGGCAUCGGCAUCGAGGGCGGCACCGUCGUCAUCUCGGAGGAGGCCGUCGACGGCCUGCUGCGGCCCGUCCUGGAGCUGCCCGUGCUCGGCAAGAUGCACUCCCGGCCCGCCCGCCUCGACAAGAAGCUGACCCGGGAGCUGAAGGCGCUGGCCACCGCCGAGGACCCCUACGACACCAUCAUCGGCAAGACCAUGUGCACCUACGACUUCUACGAAGGCCAGGGGCGGCUCGACGGCGCCUUCUGCGACUACACCGACGAGGACAAGAUGGCGUUCCUGGGCCGCGUGCACGAGGCCGGCGUCACCAACAUCGAGAUGGAGUCGCUGUCCUUCGCGGCGCUCACGCACCACGCCGGCAUCAAGUCCGCCGUCAUCUGCGUCACCCUGGUGGACCGGCUGAAGGGCGACCAGGUGCUGGCGCCCAAGGAGGUGCUGAGCGAGUGGCAGGAGCGGCCGCAGAAGCUGGUGUGCCGCUACAUCAAGCGCUACCUGCAGAUGAAGGGCCGCCUGUCGCUGGACGGCCACUGCGGCUCCAUGUGCGUCAAGUCGCCGCGCCGCUUCAAGCUGGUGCAGCAGGAGUCCGAGCACGUCGACUAGACGCCGGCCUGGUCGGGCUCGGUCAGGGCCUCGUCCGCCAGCAGCGCCAGCAGCAGCGCGCAAAGGAGGCGGGGCCGCGGUCUCAUCGUUUCCAGUCGCCGCGCUGAAGCACCAAGGCGCCGAGAGGCAGUCGACGACGUCGACGAGGAGCCGACGCGGAGGCUGCCCCGCCGCACCCGGGUGUCCGGAGCCACGAGGCGACGCUCCACCGACAGCAGCGCCCUCUUUUUGUGCUUUUUGUUGUUUACCGAAAUCGCAGAUCUGGAGACGCGCGUUUCAUUCCAUUCGCCUGGGGUUCUAUUUCCCCGCCGGUUAUAAUUUCUUCCUCGCCGCCUUCGUCAAAUUACUUUCACUUUACAAGACCCUAAAGCUGCAAUGUGAUUUGGGCUUGUUCUUAUCCGAGUGCACAUUGUCGUGUUUCCGUUGGUUGUGUGUGUGUGCGCGAAGAGCGAGGCACUCGUGUGAUGUGUGGGGUGGGUUUACUGUAGUGAGCGUGUUUGUGCGUGAGUGAUGUAUCUUUGUCAAUAUUAUAUGUAUAUUUACAACAAAAAAAUAUUUAUUGUUAGAUUUAUGCUGUAUAGAAGCAUUGUGAGUGCCAUUACAGCAAUCGUGAGACAGAUUGACAAACAAUGUAGUUAGUUUUAAUUGUUACAGUUUAAUCACGUGACUUCUAUUCGUUAGAGUAAGAAGAGAGAGAGUUGUGUAAUCGGGUUUGUAAGAGUUCAUACCCUAAGGCACAGAAAUGACAUUCCAUAAUGAGGUUGUACCAUACUAUCGUUAAUAUUAUCAUUGAGAAACUACAUGAUGAGGUUUUAGAAAGGUACUAUGUUACCGCAAAGAGUACUUAAAUUCUACUUAUAAUUUUAAAAUGGUCUUUCCCGUUCGUUUCUAAAUAACUGACUUAUUGUCAGUGUUAUAUUAGCAAUUUUUGUGUAUAAUGGGAAACUUUUUCGAUCUCUAUAUUGCCGCGUACUCUCGAAGCUAUGAGCUAUUUCGCCGUGUCUGGUCGAUGUACUGUACAUUCAUAUUAACCAUAAUGUGUAUUAUCGAAUAUCUUACGUCGGACUUCAUGUUUCAUUCUUCAAUUAAAAGCUUUCGACGUCGUUAAGUUAGGCGCUACGACAAUAUUUAGGCUAAACGUUGUUAAGUUUCGCGGCCCAAGUGCCAAAACACCUCCAGUCUUCUUAAGAAUACUGAAAGAGCUGUGCGCUGAAUUUGUGCUGCUGGUUUUUGCCCUGCCAGCCCUGCUGCUCGUAGCAACCCUCCUCCUCGGGGCGGGGCCUGGGCGGGGCCCCAGGGACCUCAUCACCCCAUCUGUCUCUCGUUCCGUUCCAGAGUCGUAGGAAGCUUGGCGAAUCUCUUCGUGCCGGUCGAUUGGAAGGCGGCCGCACGCCUACAUUAGCCUUCCACGUCAAUUCACCCACUUUCGACAUUUUCUCCCUUUAAAAAUAUGUUGUUUUGUUCAUUUCUUUUGCUGUGCUGCGCGAUCACCCAAUCAGCCUCACAUCGUUCCUAUGCUGUUCCUACACUAAUACUAUUGCUUUUGCACGUCGGUAUGCGCUGGCGUUCGCGUGCUGCUUUCCUAGUUGGAUUCUGGUUCAAGGACAGAAAGAAAAGUGUUAUUUUCGCUCAAAAAUUAACAAUAUAGAACUAUUUUUGGAAAGAGGAUAUUAAUGUCUCAGACUGACAUCGAUAGAUUGAUUGUCUCUUAGUCGUCGCUAGCACGCUAGCCGGCUCCCUCCCAUCGUUCUCGUUCCUGUUCCCACCUCUUACUUUGGUUGUGUCUGAUCCAUGCCGACUUUGACGCCUUGGCAGAUUCGGAAACCGAGGGUAGCGAACUGCCGAGAGCUUUCCUAUUCCUUAAUUUGUAUUCUGUAGUCCUUUUCUGUUGGCCUAAACCUCGGUGUUGAAAUUAACAUAUCUGUAUUGCAUUUAUUUGUACCAACUUUGAUUCCAACUACACGUGAUACAUAUUUUAUAUUUUUGUGAUUAUGUUGAUUUUUUUAUGUAACAGUAUGAGUUUUGUAAGAUUUUAUCAUGGAUCCCGUUGUUUUUCAGAGGAUUCUUUUGUCAGUCUUUUAUUCACAAGGACAGGCUGGGUUACAUUUGAAGGUGGAGUUGGCGCUGUAACCGAUGUGCACACAUUGAGAGGCUGUGGGUUUAAAAACUAAAACCUAGCUUGCAUCUAGGGGCUCGUUCGACGUUCCCAAUGUUGAAAGCUGCUUGUUGAUAGCUGUUGUUGAUUGUACUUUUGUUGGUUCAAAUUGUGAAUUAAGAAAUACCGUGUUCAAUAAAUCGUUGGAUAAUCCAUGA